AUGCGGCCGGGUAGGAAUGCGGGCUGUGGUGACGUGAGGCAACUUAUUCAGGGAAUAGGGCUGUCUCCUAUCCGAGAUGGAAGGGAGGAAGUGGACCGUGAAAGUGGUGCUGCUGAUGGAGACGAGGUGCGAUGUGGGGAAGGAUGGAAGAGCCGGCCGAGCGUCCGGGCGUGUGAGCUGGUGCGAGUGAGUGCGGGGCGGGAGGAGACAGCAGGCGGGGUGGCACAACAUGUGUUGCGAGAUCAAAGCGUGGCGCUGGCAGCAGGGGGCGUUGCAUCACUGGUGUUCAAUGGGGUGGAGCUGGAUGAACGCUCCACUCUGGAUCAGUGCGGCAUUCGAUCCGCUUCAGGGCGGGAGAGGUUAGGAAACCGCCAGUCAAGGUAA